AGAGCGAGAAGAGAACGACACGGUUUAAUAAUUUCAAUGAACCAAAUCAGCAGCUCACAUGGAGACUUGCUUUAUCUUUUCCACCAUAAUCCAAUAUUAUAAUCUCAUCAAUUUUCCAAGCGAUGAAGACGAAAUUCCCAAGAAACAAACAAAAACAUUCUCCCCUUUCACUUUCAUCUGUACUACUUUACUGUACAUAAUGGGUCGCUGUAGUCAUGAUCAUAAAUUAUCACUUCCCCUUCAAAUUGGGAUUUCUUCUCUCUUCCAAUCCACUCGCUCAAACCCAAUUUAGUUUUCGAGUUCUUGGCGGGUUUUUUUUUUCUAAAGAUUGAAAUUCAGGAGGGUUUCAAUGAUGGAAUCAAAGGCUCUGCGAUUCAUUACCCAUCAAUCGUUCUUCUCUGUUGUCCGAUCUGGGGACCUUGAGGCUGUCAAACAGGUUUUGGAUAAGCUGGCUGGUGAUGAACAGCCUGAGAGUUCUUCGAUUACCGAUCUGAUGGCGAUGCAGAACGAUGCUGGGGAGACGGCUUUGUAUGUGGCUGCUGACAAUAAUCUUGAGGAUGUUUUUAGCUAUUUGCUUCAAUUUUCCACUGUCCAGAUCUUGAAGAUUAGGUCUAAAUCUGAUUUGCACCCUUUUCAUGUUGCUGCUAAGCGUGGCCAUCUAGGUAUUGUAAAGGAGCUUUUGGGCAUUUGGCCGGAGCUUUGCAGGUCAUGUGACUCUUCAAACACAAGCCCCCUCUAUUCAGCUGCUGUACAAGACCAUUUGGAAGUAGUUAAUGCUAUCUUAGAUGCUGAUGUUAGUACAAUGAGAAUUGUAAGAAAGAAUGGAAAGACAGCUCUGCAUAAUGUAGCUAGGUAUGGCCUCUUACGAAUCGUUAAAACACUUAUUGAUCAUGAUCCUGGAAUAGUUGCGAUUAAAGACAAAAAGUCCCAGACUGCACUUCACAUGGCUGUGAAAGGUCAGAGCACUGCAGCGGUCGAGGAGCUAUUGCAGAUCGAUGCAUCUAUACUGAAUGAAAGAGACAAGAUGGGAAAUACUGCUUUGCAUAUAGCAACUAGAAAGUGUCGAUCUGAGAUUGUAAGCCUUUUGCUGAGCUUUACAUCGCUUGAUGUCAAUGCAAUCAAUAGUCAACGCGAAACUGCUAUGGACUUGGCUGACAAACUGCAAUACAGUGAAUCUUCACUGGAGAUUAAAGAAGCGUUAGCUGAAGCUGGUGCCAAAUAUGCAAGGCAUGUUGGCCAAGUUGAUGAAGCAAUGGAGCUCAAACGAACAGUCAGUGAUAUAAAGCAUGAGGUUCACUCGCAACUUAUCCAAAAUGAAAAAACGCGUCGGAGAGUUUCUGGCAUUGUCAAAGAACUGAAGAAGCUCCACAGAGAGGCUGUUCAGAAUACUACAAAUUCCAUCACGGUCGUGGCUGUUCUUUUUGCAUCCAUUGCGUUCUUGGCCAUCUUCAAUUUGCCGGGUCAGUACAUACAAAAUGGAAAAGACAUUGGAAAGGCAAAUAUAGCUGAUCACAUGGGUUUCCAAGUAUUCUGCCUUUUAAACACUACAUCUCUGUUUAUAUCUUUAGCUGUUGUGGUGGUUCAAAUUACUUUGGUAGCAUGGGACACGACAGCUCAAAAACAGGUCGUAUCAGUUGUAAACAAGCUAAUGUGGGCUGCCUGCGCUUGCACCUCUGGGGCUUUCAUAUCAAUAGCUUAUGUUGUCGUAGGUCACGAGACAUGGAUGGCUCUUGCCAUUACCCUUGUCGGAGUUCCGAUUCUUGUUGCAACUCUUGCAAGCAUGUGCUACUUGGUUUUUCGGCAACAUUUUGGUAUCUUUAGCAGUGACUCUCAAAGACGAAUCAGGCGGGCAAGUGGAAGUAAGUCUUUCUCGUGGCCUCACUCGGUUAACAUUUCUGAUGACGAAGAUUACAACUCCGACCUUGAGAAGAUUUAUGCCCUAUAGAUAACCUUUCAGCAGUUUCGAGCUUGAAAUGAUGGUUUUCUUGCACAUAAGUAUAUAGAUAUGUUGUAAUGUAGAUCUGGAGGGCUACCUCGUCAUGUUCCGUAGGACUCGAUGCAAGUUCAAGUACAAUAACGGAGGUCAAAUUUUCCACGGUUUCUAGUGGGAAGAGUAAAUAUGAGUGUAUAUGCUGUAUAUUUAUUAGAAAAGCUGCAGAAGUUUGAACACUUGGUUCAGUGAAGUCUCUUUAACUGUGUAUUUUCCGUCUCUUUCUUCUUUAAAUCUGAUACUAAAACAUCAAUUCACCCAUUUAUAAAACAAUGUUGUUCUGAAA